GAGUCUCCAGCAGGGGGCAGCAGGAGAGGAAGCUGCAUGUCGUUGUUGAUGCUGAGGAAGCUUCUCCUCCACUUCUGCAUCUGAGAGGAGGAGGAGGAAGAGGAGGAAGAGGAGGAGGAAGAGGAGGAGAGGAGGAGGAGGAGAGACAGCCUCACACUUCCUGUGUGUCGAUCAGCAGAGUCCAGCUGCUGCUGCUCCGGGAGGCUUGAGUCUGCAGACCGGCAGGAGGAGUCUUCAGAGGGGGAGGAGGUGCUGCUGGGCUGCAGAGAGUCCCGGGACCCCCGUGCAGAAGGACCCUCGGAACCAGGACCCCUACAUGUGGAUUGUUUACCCCGGAGGGUCCCGCAGAUCCGGCUCCACAGAGGCCGCCUCGGAUCGGCAGACCCCGGAGCGGGUCUGAUGGUGGCCCUGGUCCUCGGCCUUCUUCAUCCUCUUCAUCAUCCUCAUCAUCAUCCUCUUCCUCACCCAGCCUGCUGAGCGCGUGCAGAGGACCGGAGCGGGCAGCGGGCAGCGGCGCAGCGUCCCCCCGGGCAGGGUGCAGCGGGGCCGGGGAGGGACUGCAUGAGACCCCGGACCCAGAGAUGGCUGUUCUCAAACUGGCCGACCAGCCUCCUCUCAUCCAGGCGAUCUUCAGUGGAGACCCUGAGGAGAUCCGAAUGCUCAUUUACAAAUCUGAAGACAUCAAUGCUCUGGAUUCGGAGAAGCGCACGCCGCUGCAUGCAGCCGCCUUCCUGGGCGAUGCAGAGAUCACCGAGCUCCUCAUCCUCUCUGGGGCUCGGGUUAAUGCCAAAGAUAACAUGUGGCUCACCCCCCUCCAUCGCGCUGUGGCAUCACGGAGCGAGGAGGCGGUGCGAGUCCUGAUCCGUCACUCCGCUGAUGUGAACGCUCGAGACAAGAACUGGCAGACGCCGCUUCACGUCGCUGCGGCCAAUAACGCGCUGCGAUGUGCCGAGGUCAUCAUCCCGCUUCUGAGCAGCGUCAACGUGUCGGACCGUGGUGGGCGCACUGCUCUGCAUCACGCCGCCCUCAAUGGACACACUGAGAUGGUGAACCUCCUCCUCACUAAAGGAGCAAACAUCAACGCCUUCGAUAAGAAGGACGGCCGGGCGCUGCACUGGGCUGCUUUCAUGGGUCACCUGGACGUGGUGUGUCUGCUGGUGAACCAGGGGGCGGAGAUCAGCUGUAAGGACAAACGAGGAUACACUCCCCUCCACACGGCGGCCUCCAGCGGACAGAUCGCGGUGGUCAAACACCUUCUGAACCUGGCUGUGGAGAUCGAUGAGUCCAACGGGUUCGGGAACACGGCGCUCCACUUGGCUUGCUUUAACGGUCAGGACGCCGUGGUUAGUGAGCUGAUCGAUUACGGCGCCAAUGUCAGUCAGCCCAACAACAAGGGCUUCACGCCGCUGCAUUUUGCUGCCGCCUCCACACACGGAGCGCUCUGUCUGGAGUUCCUGGUUAACAACGGAGCUGAUGUCAACGUUCAGAGUCGGGAUGGGAAGAGUCCUCUUCACAUGACGGCAGUUCACGGACGCUUCACUCGCUCUCAGACCCUGAUCCAGAACGGCGGAGAGAUCGACAGUGUGGACAAAGACGGGAACACGCCUCUCCACAUCGCUGCCCGCUACGGUCAUGAACUCCUCAUCAACACGCUCAUCACCAGCGGAGCGGACUGCACACGACGAGGAGUCCACGGCAUGUUCCCGCUCCACCUGGCUGCCUUGAACGCUCACUCGGACUGCUGCCGGAAGCUGCUGUCCUCAGGUCGGAGGUUUAGCAUAAUGUGUAACGACUCGGUCCUGUCUGCAGGCUUCCAGAUCGACACGCCUGACACUUUGGGGAGGACCUGUCUGCACGCCGCCGCUGCUGGAGGCAACGUGGAGUGUGUGAAGUUGCUCCUGAGCAGUGGAGGAGAACACAACAGGAGGGAUAACUGCGGCAGGACUCCGCUCCACUACGCUGCAGCCAGCCGUCACUAUCAGUGUCUGGAGACUCUGGUUGCUUGUGGGACGGCCAUCAACGCCACCGACCAGUGGGGGCGCUCUGCCCUGCACUACGCCGCAGCCUCAGACCUGGACCGAAGGCGCCGCGUUAAUCUGGAGCCGGAGAGUGAAGGAGUCCAGGCGGAGAGAGAGAAAGAGGCAGCACUAUGUUUGGAGUUCCUGCUGCAGAGCGGAGCGACGGCGUCUCUGAAAGACAAACAGGGCUACAGUCCUGUUCACUAUGCUGCGGCCUACGGACACAGGCACUGUCUGGAGCUGCUGCUGGACAGAGACGACAGCCACCAGGACGACCCCGAGUCGCCCAACGCCCGGGGCCCGCUGCACCUCGCCGCGUACCACGGCCACGCUCAGGCUCUGGAGGUGCUGCUGCAGGGGGAGAGGGAGGUGGAUCAGGGGGACGAGUUUGGAAGGACCCCUCUGGCCCUGGCUGCUCUCCGGGGUCACACAGACUGUGUUCACACGCUCCUCGGUCAGGGGGCGUCACCGCGCUCCACCGACAGCCAGCACGGACGCACACCUGUUCACCUGGCAGUGAUGAACGGUCACACGACGUGUGUGCGCCUCCUGCUGGAUGAAUCGGACGGUGCAGACUUUGUGGAUGCUGCAGACUCUCAGGGACAGACUCCUCUGAUGCUGGCGGUGGCCGGAGGUCACGUGGACGCCGUGUCGCUGCUGCUGGAGCGGGAAUCCAACGUGAACAUGGCGAAUAAACACGGGCUGACGGCGCUGCACCUCGGGUUGCUGUGCGGUCAGGAGGAGUGUAUCCAGUGUCUGCUGGAGCAGGAAGCCUCCGUGUUGCUCGGCGACGGUCGAGGUCGGACGGCGAUCCACCUGGCGGCGGCUCGAGGCCACGCCUCCUGGCUGAGCGAGCUGCUGAGCAUCGCCUGCUCGGAGCCGCCGUCCCUGCCCCCGCUGAGAGACCACCACGGGUACACACCGCUACACUGGGCCUGCUACUACGGUCAUGAGGGCUGUGUGGAGGUGCUGCUGGAGCAGAAAGGAUGUCGCUGUAUUGAUGGGAACCCGUUCACUCCUCUGCACUGCGCUGUAGUGAACGACCACGAGCCGUGUGCGUCUCUGCUGCUGGAGGCGAUGGGCUCAGACAUCACCGGCUGCAAAGACUCCAAGGACAGGACUCCUCUUCACGCCGCAGCGUUCGCGGGUCAUGUCGACUGUGUCCAGCUGCUCCUUUCCCACGAUGCACCUGUGGAUGCUGUGGACCAAUCGGGUCGCACCUCUCUGAUGAUGGCGGCGGAGAAAGGCAGAGUGGGAGCUCUCGAGGUGCUGUUGACCGGCGCCAGCGCCAACUUCAGUCUGACGGACAAAGACGGGAACACGGCCCUGCAUCUGGCCUGCAGUAAUGGGAAGGAGGAGUGUGUGAUGCUGAUCCUGGAGAAGCUCUCUGACGCUGCUCUCAUAAACGCAACAAACGCCGCUCUGCAGACUCCUCUCCACCUGGCGGCUCGUAGCGGUCUGAAGAAGGCGGUCCAGGAGCUUCUGUCUCGAGGAGCCAACGUUCAGACGGUGGAUGAGAACGCUCCGGGGCUCCCUCCCCAGGUGCCCUGCUGAGGCAGCUGCCCCACCAGGGGGGGAAGGGCCCGAGCACCGGCCCCCGGGCCCCGCCGCGCAGCCCCAGGAACCCCUCGGGGCCGUCCAGCGAGGGAACGACAGAGAACGACUCGGAGGACUCGGAGACUUUCUGACCCUUGCAGACCGACUCUCUACCCUCCUACCUGGAGCUGUGCACCUGAACUUUGACCCCUGAUGCAGCUUCUGAAGCGUCCUCUGCAGGAGGAGGGUAGAGACUUGGUUUCAAACAGUUUUUGGAUGUGUGCCGGUCUGACGGGGAGGAAAGUGUACAGAAUUCUUCCUCCUGGAGUUUUCAGAAGCGUGGAGCAGACUGUCCGACUGAAUCCUGCAGAAGCAGAAGAAGAAGAAGAAGAAGAAGAAGAAGAAGUCGCUCCAUGAAGAAGAAAACUAAGAUCUGAUCUGGAUCCGCUGUGGUCCGGGUCUGCAUGCUCGUGUUAACUCACACCACGGUUUGUUCCUUCUACUCACGGGUGCUUAAAUCCAAACCGACCUCGGUACUCCAGCCUCUGCACGGCUCCGCUGCUCGCCGCAGAGACUCGUUUGUCUUAAGAAGCCAUUUUUAACUGUUUGUAUAAAAUGAAGUAGAAAAUUAAGAAAGCUUAAGUGUCAUUUUAACCUUUUAUGAUUUUUGGCUUGUUGUUGUACCAAAUAUUCGACUUCCACACGUGAAGACUGAAGUGAAGGAAACAGGUACAGAGAGCUGCAUUUUUAACUUCUUCACAAACUGAAGCACAAGUUUGGAUUUUUAUAAGCUUCGAUACGACGUUUCAUCCUUUUUAAAUUCAUCAAGGAAAAAGGGUCAAGACCACGGGCGAGUCUCCAUCCCCUCACCUGAGACAGAAACCUGGAAACCAGAGUCACUCUUUUUAUCUGCACCAACGUUUCUUCAUUUACUUUAGGAAUUCAUCUUUUUUUAAUGUUAUAAAUCGUUGUGAUAAAAAAUAUGAAGGAGAAAUAUUUUCCUUUUUUUUUUUAAAGUAAAUCUGUUUUAAUUCCUUCAGAUUCAGAGACGUGGAUUUUUUUCUUAUGAAUUCACUGCUUGAAACUCGUCGACCACCACACGUGUGUUUUACCUAAAAAAUUACAAAAUAAAUCCAUAAAUAUGAGAAUUUUCUCCAUUUAAUUUGCAGCUUUAAAUCAAAGAGUCUCCCUUUCCUCCGGGACGUUUAAAGCUGUAAACAUAAAAAGUAUCUCAGAGAUGUUCCAGUGAAUUUACUUCAUUCCUCUCAUAAAGACUUCAGAGUUUUCUUCCUCCUCAGUCUGUGAUCUUUAAAACUCAGAGAUUAUUCUCAGUAUUUAACCCUCCUGUUGUGUUCCUUUCUCUGGAACAGCAUUAAUGUUCCUGGGUCAAUUUGACCCGGGGCAUAUUCAAUUAUCCAAAAGUGUCAGAACUCAAACAAAUCCAAAUACACAUUUCCUUUAAUGUAAUUUUUAACUCCAUUACUAACUAUUUAAAUCAAUAUUAAGUGCAUCGGUGUUCUUUAACUCUCUCAGAUCAUGGUUCAAUGAGGAGAACUCUUCUUUCAUUUAAACUAAUGUUAAAACUUUUUUAAUAUUCAUUGGAAAGCCCUGAAUAUAAAUACAACAGUUUUAAAUGACUCAGAUUUUUGUUUAUUUUAUUUUACAUUUUUAAUUUUUAAUUUAUUUUUAUGAAGUGAUGUUGAUAAAUUAACACGACACCUCUUCUGUCACUUGCUGCCCAGAUUUUUAUGCUGCAUUUCGCUGGUUUGGAGGCUUAGAUGACCUAAUAUAGACUUUAAAAAGGGUCAAUUUGACCCACAACAUAACAGGAGGGUUAAACAGCUUUAAUCUUUAAUCUUAAAUCAUCUACAUUUUUUUUUUAAUAUAAUACAUCUUUUUAAUCCAAGAUGAAAUAUUUUCACAUUAAAUUUAAAGUUCAAAUCUGGAAAGUUCUGCUUUUAUUUCAGAACAUUACCUCUGAUUAAUAUUUGUAGAAAUGUUCUUUGUGAAUGAAUUAUUAAACAGAUCAGUUCAAAAUGUUUUAAUAACUUUAUAAAGAACAAGAAUAUUCUCAGCUGUAAUCUCUGAGAUUAAUCUUCUCCCUGACAUAUUCAGAUUAAACUUCAGUAAAUUCAUCUUCAUGAACUCAGAGAUAAAACUAAAACAUUAACUUUUACUUUAAUAUCAGGAAACAUCUGGAGUUUGUUUGAAUCUGUUUCAUACAUUUUCCCCCUUUCCUUUGAGGAUAUGAGAGUUUUAACAUUUUCAACUUUAAUGUGAGAAACUCUGAGUUUGACCCCACAGACAGUUACGAGUUAGAUCUCAGGAAAUACACUUUUUAUUGGAUGAUUAAAACUUAAUUAUGAAAACUUUGAAGCUAUUUUCUUUAAUAUUCACCUCAUAAUAAGUUUUCUCCUAGACGCUCUCACUCGGCUCAACUCUGCCCUCUGUAGUUUGGAUGUGGGUGUUACUCCAUUUUUGUCUACUUUUAUUGUGACACAAAAUCCAUUUUUUAAAGUACAUGUUGUCCCUGAAUCACCCUAAAUUUAGAUGUUUUAUAACCUCUUUGAACCCUAAAGAUUGCGCUCUUAAUCAGAGGAAUAUCUGAUUUCUUUGUUCUUAAUUUUACGUCUUGAAUCUCAGAAAUUCAAAGUUUUAUAAAACAUUUUUACACGUAUAUUGGCCGCUUAUUUUAAAGAUAAUUCAAGAUUUUUCCUGCAGCUUUACCUCCUUUAAUCUCAGAGAAAUUCCUUUUUUCCAAUAUUUAAAAAAAAAAAAUCCAACCAAUUUUGAAUCUUAAUUUAAAGUUUAAUCUGAGAGAUAUCAGAGAUUUAUUCCCUCACAGUGUUAUUAUUUUGUUCCUGAUGUGUGACACACUGAACAUGAGUAAUAAACAGCUGUAGUGAAGUCAUGUGAUCACAGAGCGUUGAUGGAUUGAGGGACUGGAGACGACCCGUGAGUGAACACAGGGUUUAUUAGACGUGGAUCUGAGAUGACUUCCUGUUGGUACUUCCUGUUUUCUCUCUCUUCCUCUCUGUCCUCCGGAGCGUUUCCAUCCGAGUGUUUCUAAACUUUAACUCAUCACUGAGAGACGUGAUGAGCAGCUCUUCAGCUCUUCAGCUCCUCGAGGUGUUUCUGAUCUCAUGAUGGUACAAACACUGCCAGCACUUCAAUGUAAAGUAACACAGGGCCUUCACCUCCUCCUCCUCCUCCUCCUCCUCUUCCUCCUCUUCGUCUGUCCGCCUGUUCGUCGACCUGCCAGCUACGUGCCAUCGUCUCAAACGUGUCAGUGCCUUGAUGUCGAUUUCAUUUCUUUAAUAAAUCCUUUGUUUGUAUGAUAAUAAUAAUAAUGUUCAGGUAUUUGAAGGAUCAGCUCACCAAAAUCAUUAAAUGUUCCUUUUUUCAUUAAACUCUGGAGAUGUUCUGAAGGUG